UUUGUUCAGCUGCAGAGAGUCGCGCCGAAGCUAGCCUUGGGUUGUCUGGUUGUUGUUGAAGUCUUAUUUUGUUGGCUUUUCAGUUGGGUUCGAAGGUGGAGAAGUUACAAAUAAUGUACUCUGUUUGUUACAGGUCUGCACCGAUGGCUUUCAACGUAGGUUCUGUGCAAAUUGUGUCUCGUGGGAUACAGACAUGUUGCCGCAGUCUCUCAGUAUGUUUCACAACGUCGGCAAUCCAGAGCAGAAAGACGUCCUCAUCGCCAGCUCCUCAUGCUGACUUGACAUACUCAAGAUGGUCUCAUAUGCGGAAGGUUGCAAGCCCCCAGCAUGCCACCCAGCGUGCCACCCAGCGUCACAUCAACACAACACCUCAGUCACAGGCAUUGGUGCGAAGGAGUGCAGUGCUACCUGAGACAAAACCUGGUCCAAUCUCACGGCUACUCACCCAAGUGGGAAUCCCAACACAGAUGCGUUACAACAGAUUUAAAAUCAGAGUGGCUGGUUUGAACCUCUACACAUCGUGUGUCGAUAAUGUGGAUUGUCAAAAGUUUUUUAUGGCCUGCGGAAUGCCAGAUACUCUCUUCUCGUGGUUCCUAGUAACUGAGCUUCAUGUGUGGAUGUGCAUGGUUCGAUUGAAGCAAGAGGGGCAAGAAGGCAAAUACAUGACCCAUUAUCUCAUUAUGUCAAUGUGGCAUGAUGUACAAGAGAGGGGCAAACUCAUGGGGAUUCCUGCUGUAAAGAUGAGGGAGAGCCUUUCAAGAAUGGUGGAGCAGUUCAAUGCAGCAUUAUUCAGCUAUGAUGAGGGUUUGCUAUCAAAUGACAGUGUCUUGGCCGGAGCUCUGUGGCGCAACAUUUUUGUCAAAAGGGACAUCGAGGCUGAGCAGGUUGCAGAUAUGGUUGAAUAUGUUCGACAACAGGUCCAGUACUUAGAGACACUAGACACCGCACAGCUUCUACAGGUUGGGCGUAUCAAGUGGUUACCAUUCAGAGUCGAGGUACCAGUCGAAUCUGCCCCACCCCCAAGAGCGAGCAGUAUCGAGGAAGAGCUAGAAUUUCCCAAUGUUGACAAAGUUAACGCUUAAAGCUUCCACCAACGUACAGAUGACCAACAAUGUUACAAUCAACUCUCAUUAAGUGGUUUUGAAAAUAAGAUAAGAAAUCAAUUUAUUGUCAACUUUGCAUGUCGUGGUCGAGUGGAUAAGAGAAUCUGUUUCUGUUCACAGAAGAGUUUAGGGUGUGUUCUUCAGCAAGACACUUAAAUCAUUAUUGCUGCGUCGUUUGGGUGGGACAUGAACCCAUGGGUUCCGUGUGUUUGGUAAUGCACGUACAGGAACCCAGUGCACUAAUCGUAAAGAGAAGGAGUUCCCUCAGUGUUCCUGGUCUAAUCGGCUGCAGCCUUUUAUUUUACAUUCAAAUUACACAAAGUAAUGCAACAAGGUUUUUUUCUUGCCAAUUCGAUGACCAAUUGAGAAAAAUUUUUCACAGGUGCGUUACUUUAUGUACAAAGGUUUCACUGGUGUGUUACUUUAUGUAUCUUAGGACACCAAGUGAGAAUAAGUUUGUCUUUGAGGUGUCCAGUGCCUAUAAAUGCAGCAAUGUGUUAUCAGUGCAGAUUUGCACUUUUGGAAUGUUGAUUGACACGUAUACACAGAUUUGUGACAGUUUUCUGUGCCACGAAAGACCAUGUCAUUUUGCCACCGGGCCCAGGUUGUGUCCCUGUAUCCAAGAGUAGUAAUGAUUGCUCACAUUCAUUGCACAUGUAAAGAACCAGACUAAUUCAUCUUUUAGCCUCGGGCUGAGUACAUUGGUUUGAAUUGAAGAAAAAUCAAGAUCGCAGCACCAUGUUAAAGGCAUAGAGUUAUAUAAGAACUAGAGGGCGCACUGGUGAUGCUGCUUGCACAAAUGCGACGGGACCGCAAGAUGACAAGCGUGCCAUUCUGUACGCGCAUUGAAUGUGAAAUACACGUUUGAGGUUUUUUUUUGGUGAACCCUCAGCGAUGCUGUUUCUGUUUGUUCAACUUACAAAAUGGCAGCACAAACACACGC